AUGAAGCUGUUUGCCCUGUGCUGCCUACUAAUGUUGGGCCUCCUGGCUUGCCUGCCCACACCCGGCGCUGCCUCGCCCUCUCGCCACAGUGGAUCUGGGCCGGCAUCGGGAUCUGGAUCCGGUAAUCCCUUCCACCCUCCACCUCCGCAACAGCGACCCUUUUACUACGAUGCACCGGUCAGAAGACAACCUUCCAAUACAAUGUACGCCUAAACGAAAACAAGGCAACAAUAAACAAGCCAAAUUCAGUACUAA